UUUUUUUUCUCUGUCUUUUAGGGAUGCUCCUGUCUGGAUAAGUGCCACGGGAUUUAAAAGUACUAGUGAGUCUCAAUUCAGCCUGUGGUUUUAGUGACUCAGAGCUGGGCUUCUUCUGUCAAGCACAGAUUAAGUGUGCCUGCCUCACAAACACUGUUUUCUCAGCCAACUGCACCUUCACUAAAUGAGAAAAAACAUUCUACAGGAUUGCCAUCCAUGGUUUCUGCCCUAAUCAAGACUGUAUCCUCCUACAUUGAAAAGAUUUGCAAAGGAAUGUUUACAAAGAAACUGGCAAACCCCAUAAAGAAGAAAGAGAGAAGUGAUAAUAAAGAGCCUAAAUUAAACGCAGAUUUGCAAGCACAUAAUUUAACUCUCUCAACCACACUGAAGACGACAGUUAAAAAUAUUUCCAAAUGCUCUUCGGCACGUAACAUAUCUCUUGAAGACGACAACGUAAAGAACUGCUCAUCUCUUUCACCCACUUUCAGUUAUCGUGUAGCUAUAGCAAACGGACUUCCUAAAAACUCUCUUUUUUUGAACAAUAAUGAAAAUAUCUUUCCUGAGGAUCUUUCAGUUGACAGUAGCUACUCUGACUGUUUGAGUGAGGCAAAACUUGCACGGAGUCUGGAUGACCAGAGAUCACACACGAUGCCAGUAAGACGAAACAGAAAGAGCCUAAUCAGUUUGGCUCCCUCUGAUGGUAGUUCAGAGGGUGAACGGGUGGAACGCUCCAGUCUACACACACUUCGGCUAGGUGCCCUGCGCAAGCUGAGAAAAUGGAAAAAGAGUCAAGAGUGUGUAUCUUCAGAUUCAGAGGUGAGCAACUGGAGGAAGACACUGGGCAUCCGGAGCAAGUCCUUGGACCGUGCUGGUCGGCAGCAAAAAAGCUCCACCCUGGAGCCUGGUUCCUCUUCUACAGGUUGUAUCAGUCAAACCCAGGAUGUCAUGGAGAUGAUCUUCAAGGAACUUCAGGGGAUUAGCCAAAUAGAAACAGAAUUGUCUGAACUUCGUGGCCAUGUAAAUGCACUAAAGAGCUCCAUUGAUGAAAUCUCAAGCAGCGUGGAAGUAGUUCAGAGUGAAAUUGAACAGCUUCGCUCCGGUUUUGUCCAGUCUAGAAGAGAAACACGUGAUAUCCAUGAUUAUAUAAAACAGAUUAGCCAGCAGGCCAAUAAUUCAACCCUGAGGUUCCUUAAUGUUCCUGAAGAAGGGUCAGAGAAAACAGAGAGCCUUAUAUAUAAAAUAAUAAAAGACAAAAUGGGAUUUAUUGAUGCCCAUAAAACCAUUAAAAUUGAACUCGCUCAUAGGUUAGGCCAACAGAGAGAAUGUUCUAAUGCAAAACCCCGCCCAAUUAUUGUUAUAUUUGCAACACCACAAGAUAGGGAUUUAGUCUUGAAAAAAUGUUAUAAGCUUAAAGGAACAGGUAUUACAGUCUCCACUGAUAGCUUAACACACGAUGGAAAGGAUAGAAAAGACAAAACAAUGUCUUCAUCACAAACAUAUGAAAGCGUGGACAUUAAAAUCUCAGGAAAGGAUAAAGUUGUAGAGAGUGAUGAUUGGGACUCAAUGGAUAGUGACAAAGAAUUAGAUGAAUUAAGCAGAAAUAAAUAUGCAAUGGUAAUUUCAAAACCUGUACAUAAGAGCAAAUCAGAGAAGAGACGGUCUCAUGACCAUAACCGACCAGGAGAUGACGCAGGGUACUUGGGGUCAGUUCACUAUGCUGAUGACUCUUACUAUGACUCAGAUAAGCAUGCAAAGGCUUACUACUCUGAUCUAACCCCUGGCUGGCUCUCCCAGAGUGACUAUUCCACCCCAAAACUCAGCCGCUCUGAGUCUGACUGCUCAAAACUCUGCCAGUCAUACUCUGAAGACUUCUCAGAAAGUCAGUACUUUACACGGGCUAAUGGCGGCUCCUUGCUGUCCUCCUCAGACCAGGAAUUGUGGCAGAGAAAACAAGAAGACAUGGCAUCCUCUUGGUAUGCAAGCUCCGGCCUCAGCCAAGGAAAUAAACCCUAUGAACACAAUGAGACUACAGAGACUAUAGACAGUGGAGUGAGCAAUGGACUUGUUUGCAUGUCUGGUGACAGGAGCCACUACAGUGGCUCCCAGCUCUCUCUGCAAGGUGACCUAUCACCCUGGAAAGACUGGCAUCAUCUUGAACAAGGUGCUGACUCAGGCUUGGAAGCCUCCAUUGAAGUUAGCAGCCCAUUUGACCCUUCAACCAUUCCUGGAUUCCCGGAGAACAUAACUAAAUGUCAGGAGGUUGAUUUACAGUUUGAAGGGGAUGAAGAUUUCAUGAUGCUUGACAGAGAUUCUGCCUUGCCUCCAAUUACCACCCACAUAAUUGCUCCUAUUACAGAACAUGAGUCUGUCAAGACCUCUGUUCAACAGUUUAAAGAAGGAUGUAAAGUGACCACAAAAGAAACCAACAAACCAUCAUCUAAGGAUGCAUCGAAGGUUUCAUCAAAAACAACACAUAAGCCAGCUAAAUUGGCUUCCAAAGAUGAAACCUCUAAAAUAUUACCUAAGGAAGGAAUAAAAAUAUCGAAUAAGGGUUCACCUAAAGUGACCUCUAAAGCAGUUUCUAAAGAGUCACCUAAAGACCUUUAUAAAUCAACAGUUAAAGAAUUAUCUCAAGGCAUCUCUAAAGAGACUCCUAAACCUACAACUAAAGAUAUCACAAUGUCUCCCCUUAAAGAGUCAUCUAAAGUGACAGCUAAAGUAAUUUCUAGUGAACCAGCUAAGGUCACUUCUAAAGUGACUCCAAAAGACAGCCCAAUAAUGACUCCAAAAGAUAGUCCUAAAGAGUCACCGAAAGAGAGUCCUAAAAUGACCCCAAUUAUGAGCCCAGCAGCAACUCCAAAAGAAUCUCCGAAAGAAUCACCCAAAGUCAUUAUUGCUAAGGAACCCCCUCAAGUUACAUCAAACGAAAGUGUAAAAGUUACUGCUAAAGUGGUUGCCAAAGAAUCUGAAAAAGAACCCUCAAAAGAGACCUCAAAUGAGAUGCAUAAAGUAGCACCUAAAGAUACUGCGAAAAUGAUCAUAAAAGAUUCUUCUAAAACUGCACCCAAAGAAGCCCCAAAAAUUGUCAUGAAAGAAUGGCCUCAGGCCACCACUCAAGAGAUGCCUAAAACAGGUCCCACUGAAGCCCCUAAAACAGCACCCAAAGCAACCACUAAAGAUACCCCCAAAGAAAUUGCUAAAACAGGUCUAAAGGAAAAAUUUCCAGAACUGGAUGUCAAUCACAGUUUUCACCAGAACCAGAAUAAGUCCUCAAGUAUGUACCGCAGCCAGAGUGAGAUUCGAACUGAGAAGGUUGAGGAAGUGCCCAAGUCGUGGAGUAGUAGGCUGAGCAUAGACCUUAGUGAGAAGUCAUUCGGUUUUGGCUUUGGAUCCACACUUCAUAGAGCUAAGUCUGCUCUGGAGGUUGUCUGGAAAUCUGGCUCUCAGACUUCUUCUGCUCCCUCUGAGGAACCUGCCAACUCCUCUUCCUCAUUUCUGGGACGUUUCCGUAACUUGUCAACCACAACUGCAAAUACUUCCAGUGUUACUGUGGAACCAGAUGUGCAUAGAGAGCCUGUCUACAUCAGGGCAGAGAAAGAGAAAAUAGAUGUUGCAGCAGAUGUUGUAGAGCAGUCCGUGGACAAUGAGACCCACUAUGUUGAAGUAAUGGAGCAGGUACUCGCUAACUUGGAGAACAGAACUAAUGUCAAUGAGACAGAAGAGGUUGUACAAAAUAGUGAAAUGUCUCAGGACUAUGUUGUGUCUGUUGACAUUGACAGUUCUCAAAAAAAUUAUGCUCCUCAGGAUCCUGAGGCCACGCAAGAUUUUGAGACUACUGAGGAUUUUGAAGCUGGUGAAGAGGCAGGUGUUUUGGAGUAUGAUUGCAGACUGGAUGAGCAAUAUGAUGAGGACUACACUGAGGAAAUUGAAAUGCAAUUGACUGAGGACACUACUGAAUAUGACGCUAUGGUGGAAUAUGUUGAUGUUGAAGAACCUGAUGAGACAGAGGACAAUGAUGUGACAGAGGAGAUGGAAGAAGGUGAAGAAGAGUUAGAGGAGAUAGAAGACAUUGUAGAUGAAGCUGUUGAAGUGUCUGUAAAAGAGGAGCAACAGCAAGAGGAUGAAAACAAAAAUGUUCCAGAAGAAAAACCAACAGAGGCUCCACCCAAGAAACGUGUUCGACCCACAUUUAAGGAGGCAGCACUGAGGGCCUAUCGCAAACAAAUGGCGGAACUGGAGCAGCAGAUCUUAGCAGGAGACAGCAGUGCUUUGGAUACUCAGCCUCGCAGUGUCCUGGACCCCAAAGUUCUUGGCUUGCAAUCUGGAGGGGCUGGCAACAUUCUUUAUGGUAUUGACAGCAUGCCAGAUUUACGCCGUAAGAGGACAAUGCCUCUUGUCCGAGACCUGGCUUUGACCCUCACUGCUCGAAAGGCAGGCAUCUCGUUCGCUCUAGUGAACCGGUCGACCCUGAACAAUGAAGAUCUGAAACUACAUGUUUUUAAGAAGACUCUGCAGGCCUUGAUCUACCCUAUUUCAUCCACAACACCCCAUAAUUUUGAGGUGUGGACGGCUACUGCACCUACCUAUUGUCAUGAGUGUGAAGGGCUGCUCUGGGGCAUCGCCCGUCAGGGGAUGCGCUGCUCGGAGUGUGGCGUCAAAUGUCAUGAGAAGUGCCAGGAUCUGCUCAAUGCAGACUGUUUACAAAGGGCAGUGGAGAAGAGCUCCAAACAUGGAGCAGAGGAUAAGACCCACAACAUCAUCAUGGCUAUGAAGGAGCGCAUGAAAAUAAGGGAGAAGAACUGUCCUGAAGUGUUUGAGGUGAUCCAAGCGAUGUUCCAUAUCUCCAGAGAGGACUUUGCCAGUCAUCUGAAGACAGCCAAGCAGGCUGUGCUGGAUGGCACCUCCAAGUGGUCUGCCAAAAUCAGCAUCACAGUAAUGAGUGCGCAGGGUUUACAAGCCAAGGACAAAACAGGAUCCAGUGACCCGUACGUCACCGUCCAGGUGGGCAAGACCAAACGCAGGACGAAGACCAUCUUUGGCAACCUCAACCCAGUCUGGGAUGAGAAGUUCUACUUUGAAUGUCACAAUGCCACUGACCGCAUUAAGGUGCGAGUGUGGGAUGAGGAUGAUGACAUCAAAUCCCGUGUGAAGCAGCAUUUCAAACGAGAGUCGGACGAUUUUCUGGGCCAGACAAUCAUCGAGGUUCGAACCCUCAGUGGAGAGAUGGAUGUUUGGUACAAUUUAGAUAAGAGAACUGACAAGUCUGCCGUAUCUGGUGCCAUCAGACUUAAGAUCAGCGUGGAGAUGAAAGGGGAGGAGAAUGUGGUUCCACCCCACGGCCAGUAUACCUGUUUACAUGAGAACCUGUUUCACUACCUGACCGAGGUGAGGAACAGCGGAGUAGUGAAGAUCCCACAAUUGAAAGGGGACGAAGCGUGGAAGGUCUACUUUGACGAUGUGUCUCAGGAGAUAGUAGAUGAGUUUGCCAUGAGAUACGGGGUGGAGUACAUCUAUCAGGCUAUGACGCAUUUCUCCUGUUUGUCUGCCAAAUACAUGUGUCCCGGUGUGCCGGCAGUGAUGAGCAACCUGCUCGCUAAUAUCAAUGCCUACUUUGCCCACACUACCACAGCCACCACAACCACUGCCUCAGCGUCAGACCGCUUUGCUGCAUCCAACUUUGGGAGGGAAAAAUUUGUUAAAUUACUGGACCAACUGCACAACUCGCUAAGGAUUGACCUCUCCAAAUACCGGGAUAAUUUUCCUGCAGGAAACCCAGAGCGACUUCAAGAUCUGAAGUCCACCGUUGAUCUGUUAACCAGCAUUACCUUCUUCAGGAUGAAGGUACAAGAGCUCCAGAGUCCACCUAGAGCCAGCACGGUGGUGAAGGAUUGCGUGAAAGCCUGUCUGGACUCUACAUACAAAUACAUUUUUGAUAACUGUCAUGAGCUCUACAACCAGUUGUUGGAUCAGAGCCGGAAGCAGGACAUUCCUCGUGAGGAGCAGGGUCCAUCGAUAAAGAACCUGGACUUCUGGCCAAAACUCAUCACCCUCAUGGUUUCUGUAAUUGACGAAGACCGUACGGCUUACACCCCAGUCAUUAAUCAGUUUCCACAGGAGCUGAAUGUGGGCAAGAUCAGUGCUGAGAUCAUGUGGAACCUCUUUGCCCAGGAUAUGAAGUACGCAAUGGAAGAGCAUGACAAGCACCGCCUAUGCAAGAGUACGGAAUACAUGAAUCUUCACUUCAAAGUAAAAUGGUUCCAUAAUGAAUAUGUCCGUGAACUGCCAUCCUUCAAGGAUGUCCCACCUGAGUAUUCUCUGUGGUUUGAACCAUUUGUUAUUCAGUGGCUCGACGAGAAUGAGGAUGUUGCCAUGGAUUUCCUCAAUGCAUUGGGAAGGGACAAAAAGGAUGGAUUCCAGCAGACAUCAGAGCACGCCCUGUUUUCCUGUUGUGUGGACGUGUUCACUCAACUCAACCAGAGUUUUGAGAUCAUCAAGAAGCUGGAGUGUCCGAACCCACAGGCUUUGGCUCAUUUUAUGUGUCGCUUUGCAAAGACUAUCAACAAAGUUCUUCUGCAGUAUGCUGCAAUCAUAUCCAAGGACUUUCACUUGUAUUUGAGUAAAGAGAAUGUGCCCUGCAUCCUCCUCAACAACAUUCAGCAGCUACGAGUUCAGCUGGAGAAGAUGUUUGAGUCCAUGGGUGGCAAACAGCUGGACGCAGAGGCCAGUGAUCUGCUGAAGGAGCUGCAGAAUAAACUCAACACAGUGCUAGAUGAGCUCAGCGGCGUGUUUGGGUCAAGUUUCAAACCUGUGAUUGAGGAAUGUGUGAAGCAGAUGAACCAGGAGUUAGUACAGAUGAAAGGACCUAUCAAAGGGAGCAACGCUGCCAUGGAUGCAGAGACAGUCCUGCGACCUCUUAUGGACCUUCUAGAUAAAAAUUUGAUGUUAUUUGCCAAGAUUUGUGAGAAGACUGUGCUGAAGCGAGUUCUCAAAGAGCUGUGGAAAAUUGUGCUGAACACCAUCGAGAGAACAAUUGUUCUGCCUCCGCUGAGUGACCAGAGUGGACCUCAGAUGAUCUUCAGUGCCGCGAAGGACUUGGGACAGCUCUCCAAACUGAAGGAGCAUGUAAUUCGGGAGGAAGCCAGAAGUCUGACUCCACGACAGUGUGCUGCCAUGGACCUUGUACUUCCCACCAUCAAGCAAUACUUCCAUGCUGGAGGAAAUGGGCUGAAAAAAAAUUUCCUUGAGAAGAGUCCUGACCUGAAGUCCCUCAAAUAUGCUCUCAGCCUUUACACUCAACCUACAGAUGCCUUGAUCAAGAAAUACAUAUGCACCCAAACCUCUCAAGGUCAGUCAUCCAAUGGAUCAGUUGGGGAGGUGUUGAUGCAAGUGAAUCUCAUCUCUCACCCUGGCACGGGGGAGCACAAAGUCAGCGUGAAGGUGGUCGCAGUAAACAACAUCAACUGGCAGACCAACGCCAUGUUCCGGCCAUUUGUCGAAGUCAACGCAGUAGGACCGCACCUGGCUGACAAGAAGCGCAAAUUCAGCACCAAGACUAAGAACAACAAUUGGUCACCAAAGUACAAUGAAACAUUCCAAUACAUUCUGAGUAAUGAACACGGUCCAGAAGCCUACGAGCUGCAUGUCUCAGUAAAAGACUACUGCUUCGCCCGUGAGGACCGCGUCAUUGGCAUGACGGUCAUCCAGCUCCGCGAGCUGGCAGACAAAGGCAGCUGCUCCACCUGCUACCCGCUGGUGAAGAGCAUCACCAUGGACGAAACGGGCCUCACAAUCAUGAGGAUACUCUCCCAAAGGACCAACGAUGAGGUGGCCAAAGAGUUUGUGCGUCUAAAGACAGACACACGCUCAGCGGAGGACGUAUCAUAAUGUGGAGCGAAACGCGGUAUGACAAGGGUCUCUUGUUGUCUUAACUGAGAGAACGAGAGAGAGAGAGUGAGCAGUAGCAACUUUUGUUUUACUUUGUUUUUUGAGAUACUGGAAAGCAGAUGAAAAGAAUUGCCCAACGUGAAAGAGAGAAAGCCCCAAACAGGCAAGAAGGAGAAAGGCAAACGCGAGAGUUGUGUGUGUUUGUUUUUGUGCAUGUGUGUAAAACAUCUGUUGGAAUGUUCAUUUUAAACUACAGUAUGUACAAGUGUUUACUUACCGUAUGCUAAGUACUAUAUUCUAUUAGUUAACAGGACAUGAAAUACAUUUUUGUAUAACAUUUAGUCUUUCUGAACAGAGAUUUGUUCCAAUAAAGUGCCAAACCAGUGGAAAAAAGAACAAAACAGACUCAUAAGAGUUAUGGUGAAAUUAGUAUGUUUCGAAUUUGCUCGAUUAUUUUGUCCGGUGUAAGUCAUUUUCUGACCGUGUGGCGUUUUGAUUGUUGCAAAGUGUCUCAUUUUGCACCCUCGUUUUGCAUCACAUUCUUCAACACUGCACUGUUGUGCAUGUCCCUUUCUUGGCCAUGUCUCUCCCAUGAUUCCACAGCGACCACAGAGCUGGGUCCGUUCCCCUUGCCUUCAAACUGUUUGUAUUUUAAGUCAACCUGAAAAAAUAGACCGUGUUUUUUAAAUGGCGAUGACUGCUAUGUAAACCUUAAUAAGUGUUUGUAAUUUUAUAACCAUGACAACAAUGACGACAGCCUCCAAUGCGAACAGACUUAGAAAGGAUGGAAAUGUUUUUUGGCUUUUUGUUUGUUUGUUUUUUUCUUUUCCUUUUUGGCUUCUAGCCUUUUUGAAUGACCACUGUGAACAUUAGCUUUGGAAGGCAAGCUUACAUGACAUUAUUGACAGUUUAAUAUUAUUUCAUGUUUUAAGGUACUUUUUUGUUUCUUUGUUUGUGAUAAACUGCCAAAGUUAUAUAAAAUAUUUGUACAAAAGCAAUCCAUUACAUGUAUGAAGAUAUAUAUGUACAAGUCAUCUAUUACUUUUUCAAUGCUUAAUAUUUUAUUGUUAAUAGGGUGGUACUAAAAUUAUUUUUUUUUAUUUCAUGUGAAGCUGUUAACCAAUAUGAAAGUUGCACAUGUUACUUUACACAUUAGUUCAGUUAGCUUCUGUCAUUUGAAUGAUUUUUCUUCAUAAAAGGAAAGAGUCUAACAUUUGGUAAAUAUGCAACAUUCCUAUGUAUUGCACUGAUGGCGAAUUGUAUGUCAUGUAAAUAUAUUUAGUGAGAUAUUGUACAAAAGUCUACUUUUCUUCAGUGUGCAUAAAGUAUGCAAAUGUGUUAAA